AUGUGUCUGAACACCUACUGGUGGAAGCUUGAUGCUGGAUGUCUGAGCGGCCGGAUGGCUACACCUCCACUUCUUUCCACCAUGCCCUUCACACAUGAGCUCGAGAGUACACCAGCAGCAGUGUGCAUGAGGCUGGUCGGACCCCGUCAGAGUCCGAGCGGCCGGAUGGCUACACCUCCACUUCUUUCCACCAUGCCCUUCACACGUGAGCUCGAGAGUACACCGGCAGCUGUGUGCAUGAGGCUGGUCGGACCCCGUCAGAGACUGAGCGGCCGGAUGGCUACACCUCCACUUCUUCCCACCAUGCCCUUCACACGUGAGCUCGAGAGUACACCGGCAGCUGUGUGCGUGAAGCUGUUCGGACCCCGUCAGAGUCUGAGCGGCCGGAUGGCUACACCUCCAAUUCUUCCCACCAUGCCCUUCACACGUAGGCUCGAGAGUACACCAGCAGCAGUGUGCAUGAGGCUGGUCGGACCCCGUCAGAGUCUGAGCGGCCGGAUGGCUACACCUCCAAUUCUUCCCACCAUGCCCUUCACACGUAGGCUCGAGAGUACACCGGCAGCUGUGUACGUGAGGCUGUUCGGACCCCGUCAGAGUCUGAGCGGCCGGAUGGCUACACCUCCACUUCUUCCCACCAUGCCCUUCACACGUAGGCUCGAGAGUACACCGGCAGCUGUGUGCGUGAGGCUGGUCAGACCCCGUCAGAGUCUGAGCGGCCGGAUGGCUACACCUCCUAUUCUUCCCACCAUGCCCUUCACACGUAGGCUCGAGAGUACACCGGCAGCUGUGUGCGUGAGGCUGGUCAGACCCCGUCAGAGUCUGAGCGGCCGGAUGGCUACACCUCCACUUCUUCCCACCAUGCCCUCCACACGUAGGCUCGAGAGUACACCGGCAGCUGUGUGCAUGAGGCUGGUCAGACCCCGUCAGAGUCUGAGCGGCCGGAUGGCUACACCUCCACUUCUUUCCACCAUGCCCUUCACACGUGAGCUCGAGAGUACACCGGCAGCUGUGUGCGUGAGGCUGGUCAGACCCCGUCAGAGUCUGAGCGGCCAGAUGGCUACACCUCCACUUCUUUCCACCAUGCCCUUCACACGUGAGCUCGAGAGUACACCGGCAGCUGUGUGCGUGAGGCUGGUCAGACCCCGUCAGAGUCUGAGCGGCCGGAUGGCUACACCUCCACUUCUUUCCACCAUGCCCUUCACACGUGAGCUCGAGAGUACACCGGCAGCUGUGUGCAUGAGGCUGGUCGGACCCCGUCAAGAGUCUGAGCGGCCAGAUGGCUACACCUCCACUUCUUUCCACCAUGCCUUUCACACGUAG